AGUAAACACAAAAAAUUGUUUGGAUUUUCGUUGAGGAGCAUUUCACGGGAGUUUUCCACGAUUUUCCGCCGUUUUUCCCACGAUGCCGAAGUACUACUGUGAUUACUGUGACACGUAUCUCACGCACGAUUCACCGAGUGUCCGCAAAACGCACUGCACCGGCCGGAAGCACAAGGACAAUGUGAAGUUCUACUACCAAAAGUGGAUGGAGGAGCAGGCACAGCACUUGAUCGACGCCACCACCGCCGCAUACAAGGCCGGAAAGAUUGCCCAGAAUCCGUUCACGGCCGGACCGCCGAAACCGAACAUCUCCAUUCCGCCACCGACGAUGAAUAUGCCACCGCGGCCCGGAAUCAUCCCCGGUAUGCCAGCCGGUGCUCCGCCGCUGCUCAUGGGGCCGAAUGGACCGUUGCCGCCACCGAUGAUGGGUAUGCGGCCUCCGCCGAUGAUGGUCCCGACGAUGGGUAUGCCACCGAUGGGCCUGGGAAUGCGCCCACCAGUCAUGAGUGCCGCACCUCCGCAGCUCAAUCCGAAGUAGGCCACGCUCCGUCAUCUUGUAAGCUUAAGACGAUCCUCAUUUUUUUUAAAGAGAAAAAUGGAAAUAUACCUGAAUACU